AUGACUGAAGUCGCUGUGAACGGCGCCGCUCCGGCCCUGGACCUCAAGGCUACCAAGGCCGCCUUGACUUCCUCCUCGACCUCGUCUAGAAUCGCUUCGCUGCGUGCUGUCGACGACAAACUCUCCCAAAACGCUCUCGACAAACAAAUACAAUUGCAGCUCCUCAAGCUCCUCUUCUGGACACACUCCUUCUACCGUGACCGAGCCUCGCGUCUGGCCGUGCAACAAUGUCUCGUGUCAAUCUGCAAGGAAGGCGAUGCCGAUCUCUUGGAGCCUCUCGUGGCUGCGAUCCGACGAGAGGCCCCCAAGCCGAGCAUUGCACCAACCAAUGCUUUCGUGCUUGUCGAAUGGUGCAGUAUACUGGUUCAAAAUCUGGCCGGGACGCCUCUCUGGGAGAAGUUUGGAAAGGAACUCACACUAGCUACGGCUGAGGCGUUGGACAAGUGCUGCUCACCUGCAUCCAAAGCUGGCGUCGCCCACUCGGCCCUCGUGGUGACGAGGCGUGGCUAUCGCAAACUAUUCAGUGUGUCAGACAACCGAGAGAGAACAAUUACCGAGUCCGUCCAGUCCCUAUCCGCCAAGGCCGCUCAACCAACGCCCAAGUAUGCGAUCAUGCUCGGCAUCAUAGCAGGAGUGUGCUCGCGGCAACCCGAAUCCAAACUAGUCCUGGAGAAACUGAAGCCCGAAUUCUUCACCUUCUAUACGCGAGAGAUCGUCGGAUCCAAGUCUCCAGUCCCAAAGUACCUCGCCGCCGGCCUAGGCGACUUUUUCUCGGAUUUUGUAACCCCUGGGGAGCUCGAAACGGAGGUGGUUGCGUCGCUGAAGAAAGGGCUCUUACGAGCACCUGAGGUUGUUCUCAAUGAUCUCGUCACUCCAUUGAUUGCGAGCCUGCCAAGCGAUUGGGACUUGUCCAAAAUCCUCCAUGAGCAGCUACUUAAGCCUCUGCUGUCCAACCUCCAGUCGUCCAAUGCCGUCAUCCGCACAGGUGCCGUCAACGCCUUCCGCGUGAUUGCGGGACGUUGCCGUGACGUCGCGGUCAUGGACAAGGCCGCGGACGAUAUUCUUGCUCCGCUCAAGGCUGGAAAGCUUGCUUCGGCUGACCACAGGGUCCUCCAUUGCGAAAUGCUCCUUUCCAUUCCCAUCUCUGGAGGCAUUGCUGGUAAGGUGGCGGCCGCUUUGCCUACACCAAUUGGUAAAGAAGGCAAUGAGGCGGCCUUGAAUGCCGAGACAUCAGUUCUGGGCAGGGCAGUAAAGGCUCUCCUGACCGAUGAAUCUGAGCUCCCCAAAGCUGUGACAGAUGCUUUUUCAAAAGGUCUUGCUGACAAGAAGCUAUCUUCACGGCGUAUCUGGACCAUGAACGCCGGUAACAUCUUGGAUUCUUUCAAGUCCAAUGAAUCUCGGCCAUCAGCCUUUGUCAAAUUCGCCGAAUCAACCCUGCCUCCCCUUUUCGACACUUUCAACGACGCUGUUGGAAAUCCUCUGAAAGCAUCGCAAGAUGGUACCAUAAUAGCGGCCUAUGUUGUCUGUGCAGUCGCACCACUUAUCCUCAAGAUUGAGGAUAACCAGAAGUUAAACGCCUUAUCCAAGAAGUUCUCUGUCUCAAAACAAUGCUUAGAACUGCAGCCUAAGCCAUCUUUCCUCCUCAACCCCCGUGUCUACACCAAGAUCUCCUCCGAUGAUGAUGCCCGGUGGCUCCUCAGAGCGUUGUCAGCUGUCAGCCCCUCGCUUCCCAAUGGCGAUGCGUCGGAUGUCGGCUCUGCAUGGGCUCAUGCCUUCCUUUACCUCAUCUGCUCCACAACGAUAAGUCCUAAGCUCCGGAAGGAAGCUGCAGAUGAGCUUUCUGAUUUAUAUCUAUCUGCUCCGGACAAAGUGGCAGGAAUUGUCAUUGGUGGGGUCUGGACUUGGAUUCAGGCAAUCGAGACCAGCAACAAGGACAGUGCUCCCGUCCUGGCAAAAAUUGACAAUGGGAACCUGCACACAGCCCUCAGGUCAAUUUGUUUGGUUCCAGCAGACCUUAAGAAGAGUUCUGUGGCUUUCAGCCAAGAACAGCUUGAACUGCAACUGUGCUCAAUGCUUGUCUUUACGAGGUCACGUCUCAUACCUCGUAUCACAUGGAUCGAAAUAUGCCUGCGAACUGGAUUGGACCCAGGCGAAUUGGCGAAGAAACAUGAGAAGAUUUUACUUGAUGAGAUUGUCAAACACUCCGAGUUCUCCCAACCACUCUCUGUCAAGGAAGCUUCCUAUGACGCUGCCGCCGAACUCGCUUUCGUCGCACCAGACACCAUUACUCCGCGUAUCGAGGAGUUAAUAAAGAGAGACCUAGAUGUAGCCAAGCUCGAUGAUAUUGGGCCAAUGGAAGCAGCUAUCUUCCGCACACCUGAGGGGACGGCAUUCGUUGAUGUUCUGGCUAAGAAGGCGAACGAGGUGCCAAACAAGAACCAAAAAGACUACGACACCCUUAAAUGGGAAGAGGAGCUGAGGGCCCAAUUAGCAGCCAAGAAGGGUGUGCAGAAGAAACUUACCGCGGAAGAGCAAGCAAAGGUCAAUGCGCAGCUGAAGAAAGAGUCUCAGAUUCGACAAGAAGUCCAAGGUGUCGCAGCGCAACUGCUGCGAGGUAUCGGGGUCGUUCGGGCUCUGGCUACUGGCCCGCCUACCGACGCAUCGCUUUGGAUGGGCACAGCUGUGGAGUCACUCCUGAAAGCGCUUGAUGCCGGUGCAGGCCUGAUCACCGGGGACGCUGCGCCAGUGGCUUAUAUCGCAUUGUCUGAGAGGAUCUCGGAUAGGCUAGGCUCUAUGCGACCGUUUGUCGGCGUUGCGACUUUGAGAGCCCAUGAAGUUAACACCCUUCCCGAAAACCUCAUUCAAGAAAGCUUUGAGGAUCUAGUCACCCGUGUGCUGUAUCGACUACGAUUCGCCGGGGAGCAGCGGCCAUUCGACACCGUCUCGCUAAUCUACAUUCUCCCGUUGGUUCUCUCUGUCAUUCGGAAGGGAGGUUUCGGUCCAACGGUGGAUGACCGUGAUGCGCAACUAGUUCUGGCCAUUGAGUUCGUGCAGUUUCACACAGACGUAUGUGAAGACGUGACAGUCCCACGGUCGGAACUGUUGUCUGCGCUCAUCUUCUCGAUGCAACAAUACGCGCAACACUACAAGAUCGCCAAGGACUGUUUUGCGGACCUCGUGCGUUGCAUUGCCCCCAACAUCAGCCAUGGUGAGCUUGGUGUUCUCUGCCGAGGCGCUAUCGUGCCGCAAACAUCAGUGAGGACUACCGUCCUACAGAAUAUCAGUGCCGAAGUGGAUAUGACCGAUCUUGGGUUUUCCGAGGAAAUCUGGCUAGCAUGCCAUGAUGAUAUCGAUGAGAACGUCGAAUUUGGGAAAGAAAUUUGGCAGGAAAGCGAAUUCGAAGUGUCUGCUGAAGUCCCGUUCAAGACGCUCCCGUAUGUAGAGAGCAAGGACGGGCAGCUUCGCCGAGCCGCUGCGAGGUCACUAGCUGAGGCGGUCCACCUGCAUCCCACAACGAUGCAAGGAGUGCUUGAGCAGCUUCGGUCAUCUUACGUUGAGUUGGCCAAGCCUAGAAAGCAGGAGCUGGAUUCAUUUGGCAUGCCGAAGAAAAGGGACUUGACUGAUCCCUGGGAGGGCAGGCACGGCAUCGCAGUCGCCUUCAAAGAGCUCGCGCCGUACCUGGAAAAGUCGAAGCUGGACGACUUCUUCUCUUAUCUGAUUGAGCAGGGUCCCCUUGGAGACCGUAAUCCUACUGUCAGAAGCGAAAUGCUGGAGGCUGCGAACAACGCCAUCACCAUCCACGGAAAGGCGAUCUUGGAUAAGCUGAUGCAGACAUUUGAGCACACACUCGAGGUACCAGACACAGGCUCAGAGGCAGGCGACCGGGUGAACGAGGCAGUGAUCGUUAUGUAUGGUACACUCGCCCGUCAUCUCCAGCCAGGCGACAAGAAGAUCGCCAUCGUCAUUGACCGGCUUCUGACUACGCUGAACACGCCAUCCGAGACUGUUCAGUACGCCGUGGCCGAUUGCUUGCCGCCUCUUGUUCGAACUUGUGGUGACAAAUCAUCCAAGUAUUUUGAUCAAGUUCUCGAGACUCUCCUCACCUCCAAGAAGUACGCCGAACAACGCGGUGCGGCCUACGGACUCGCUGGUCUGGUGCGUGGGCGAGGAAUCACUUCUUUGAAGGACUACCGCAUCAUGAGCACUCUCAAGGGUGCGAGCGAGAACAAGAAAGAAACGAAUCAGAGGGAAGCUUCGCUGCUAGCUUACGAGCUUCUCUCUACUAUUCUUGGACGCUUAUUCGAGCCGUACGUGAUCCAGAUCGUGCCACAGCUACUUACCGGCUUCGGUGAUGGGAACGCAAACGUCCGUGACGCAGCCCUGGCCGCCGCGAAGGCAUGCUUUGCGCAGUUGAGUUCCUAUGGCGUUAAGAAAAUCUUGCCCACCCUCUUGUACGGUCUUGAAGACGACCAAUGGCGUAGUAAGAAGGGUGCUUGUGAUCUUCUCGGAGCCAUGGCCUACCUGGAUCCGGAGCAGCUGGCGAACAGCUUGCCUGACAUUAUUCCACCACUGACUGCUGUCCUGAAUGAUAGUCACAAAGAGGUUCGUUCGGGUGCCAAGCAGAGUUUGAAGAGAUUCGGUGAAGUCAUCAACAACCCGGAAGUCAAGAGUCUUGUCGACAUCCUGCUCAAGGCCCUGAGCGACCCUACCAAAUACACAGACGAUGCCUUGGACUCACUUAUCAAGGUUCAAUUCGUUCAUUACUUGGACGCGCCAUCGCUGGCUCUUGUCAGUCGCAUAUUGCAGCGUGGUCUAGGAGACAGAUCCAACACGAAGCGCAAGGCAGCCCAAGUUAUCGGCAGUUUGGCCCAUCUUACGGAAAAGAAGGACAUCAUUGCCCACUUACCCGUUCUGGUCGCAGGUCUCAAGCUGGCCAUCGUCGACCCUGUUCCAACAACCCGGGCCACUGCCUCGAGAGCUUUGGGGUCCCUGGUCGAGAAAUUGGGAGAGGAUGCCUUACCGGAUCUCAUUCCUCAGCUCAUGCAGACCCUCAAGUCUGACACAGGCGCUGGCGACCGUCUUGGCUCAGCGCAAGCCUUAUCCGAAGUUCUGGCUGGGCUUGGAACAUCCAGACUCGAAGAGACGCUGCCCACGAUUCUGCAGAACGUCGAGUCUGCCAAAGCUGCCAUCCGCGAAGGAUUCAUGUCAUUGUUUAUCUUCUUGCCCGUGUGCUUCGGAAACAGCUUUGCCAACUAUCUCGGCAAGAUCAUCCCACCCAUUUUAUCUGGUCUGGCGGAUGAGGUUGAGUCGAUCCGCGAGACAGCACUUCGUGCUGGUAGGUUACUCGUCAAAAACUUCGCCGUGCGGGCCGUGGACCUUCUGCUUCCCGAACUCGAGCGCGGUCUGGCCGAUGACAGCUAUAGGAUUCGUCUCAGCUCAGUUGAACUCGUCGGAGACCUCCUCUUCAACCUCACUGGUAUCACUGGUAAGGAAGACGUUGAAGAAAUGGAGGAGGAGACCAUCCGGGAGCAUGGUGCGAAUCUGCGAGAGGUUCUCGGUGAAGAAAAGCGUAACAAGGUCCUUUCAGCACUGUACAUUUGCCGUAACGAUACAGCUGGUGCAGUCCGCUCCGCCGCCAUCAGCGUCUGGAAGGCCCUGGUUUCCAGUCCCAAGACUCUUAAGGAGCUGGUGCCGACUCUCACUCAGCUCAUUAUUCGCCGUCUUGGCAGCGCGAACAUGGAGCAUCGUGUCAUUGCCAGUAAUGCCCUGGGAGAGCUUAUUCGCAGAGCUGGUGACGGCGUGCUCUCCAGCCUGCUGCCAACUCUUGAGGAGGGUCUUCAGAUCUCUACCGACACUGAUGCCAGACAAGGUAUCUGCCUGGCUCUAAAGGAGUUGAUUGCAUCGGCCUCACCGGAGGCUCUGGAGGACCACGAGAAGAUCCUUAUCUCCGUCGUCCGUACUGCACUCACCGAUUCAGACGAAGAUGUGCGGGAGGCUGCCGCCGAGGCCUUCGACUCGCUGCAACAAAUUCUUGGCAAGCGUGCCGUCGACCAAGUCUUGCCCUUCUUGCUCAGCCUCCUUCGAUCUGAAGAAGAUGCGGAUAAUGCACUGCAAGCCCUUCUGACGCUCUUAACAGAGACGACUCGUUCUAAUAUCAUCCUUCCAAACCUCAUCCCAACUCUUAUUGCACCGCCGAUCUCAGCAUUCAAUGCGAAGGCGCUGGCAUCUCUGUCCAAGGUUGCGGGCGCGGCUAUGAACCGCCGCCUGCCUGGCAUCAUCAAUUCCCUCAUGGACAACAUCAUCAACUCUACCGACGAUGAGCUCCGUGAGGAUCUUGACAAGUCAUUUGACACUGUCAUCCUGUCAAUUGACGAGUACGAUGGCUUGAACACGACUAUGAACGUGCUGCUCCAGCUUAUGAAGCACGAGGACCAUCGUAAACGAGCAUCCACUGGGCGUCAUCUUGCCACAUUCUUCGCCCAGGCAGAUGUGGACUACUCUCGCUACAACCAGGACAUUAUCCGUUCCCUUCUCAUCUCUUUCGAUGACCGGGACAAGGAGGUUAUCAAGGCAGCUUGGAGCGCAUUGAGCGAAUUUACUAAGCACCUCAAGAAAGAAGAGAUGGAGGCCCUGGUCUCAUCUACGAGACAGACUCUACUCCAGGUCGGCGUUGCUGGCUCCAACCUGCCAGGUUUCGAGCUGCCAAAGGGUAUCAACGCUAUUCUGCCGAUCUUCCUCCAAGGUCUCAUGAACGGCACACCGGAUCAGCGUACGACAGCGGCCCUGGCUAUUUCUGACAUUGUUGACAGGACGAGUGAGGCUUCGCUAAAGCCCUUCGUCACACAAAUUACAGGUCCGCUCAUUCGUGUCGUCUCGGAGCGGUCUACUGACGUCAAGUCUGCAAUCCUUCUGGCCCUCAACAAUCUGCUAGAGAAGAUGCCCACCGCGCUCAAGCCCUUCUUACCUCAACUUCAGCGAACUUUCGCCAAGUCUUUGGCUGAUACUUCUAGCGAGCUGCUCCGGACUCGUGCUGCGAAGGCCCUUGGUACUCUGAUCAAGUUCACGCCGCGUGUCGAUCCACUUAUUGCAGAGCUCGUCACUGGUUCCAAGACAUCUGAUCCUGGAGUCAAGACUGCUAUGCUCAAGGCACUUUAUGAGGUUAUCAGCAAGGCUGGCGCCAACAUGGGCGAGUCGUCCCGGACAGCUGUCUUGGGUCUCAUUGACACGGAUACCGAUGAGCGCGAUGACAAUAUGACCAUCACAAAUGCGAAGCUGCUUGGUGCGCUGUUGAAGAACGUGCCAGAGGAUGUGGCUCUAAAUCUGCUAAAGAGCCGGGUCAUGACAACCAACUUCAGUCACUCGUCCGUCCUGGCGCUCAACGCAGUACUGUUGGAGUCGUCGGCAUUGUUGCUGGAUAGCCCACUAGCUGAGGACUUGCCUGAGCUGCUCAGCCAGGGCAUGUCCCACAAGGAGCCAUUCAUAGCCGAAAACUUCAUCCUCGCAACCGGGAAGUACCUGCUGUCUGACUCACCAAAGUCCUUCGAAACAACCAAGUCUAUCUUCGAAUCUCUUGCAGCCCUGAUCCCGCCCGGUGAAUCCGCGGACUCUCGCCGCCUGUCCCUGGUAGUCAUCCGCACUGUCUCGCGCGCUCACAUGGACAUGGUCCGCCCGCACCUUGCGCUUCUCGCGCCGCCCGUGUUUGCCUCCGUGAGAGAUAUGGUCAUCCCGGUCAAACUCGCGGCGGAGGCCGCCUUUGUUGGGCUGUUCAACGUGGUGGAUGAGGAGAGCAAGGUGUUCGACAAGUUCAUGGCAGGCGAUGGUGCAGCCAAUCUGCCGCCUAACACGAAGAGGAGCAUGGGUGACUACUUCAAGCGUGUCGCGCUGCGGCUGGGUAGCCAGGCGAGGGAGAGAAGAGAGGCGGAAGGUGGCGUCUCCGGUACCCUGGGCCUGACUGGUGAUGAGGUGGAGGAUGAGAGGGAGAUCUGGAGUGUGGGCAAGGUUGAUGUCGGUGGGGAUGUGUUUGGGAAGGAAUAG